AUGCCCAUGAUUUACCGCCGAUUCACAGAGAAGUCCGCCGAGGAGUGGCGCCAAAUCUACAAAGCCCUUCAGCUUCUUGAGUUCCUCAUCAAGCACGGCUCUGAACGUGUCAUUGACGAUGCCCGCGGUCAUAUCACACUACUCAAGAUGCUGCGUCAAUUCCACUUCAUCGACCAGAAUGGCAAGGACCAGGGUGUUAACGUGCGGAAUCGCGCCAAGGAGCUCGCCGAGCUCCUGGGUGACGUCGAGCGAAUUCGGUCAGAACGUAAAAAGGCGCGUGCGACUAAGAACAAAUACACUGGUGUUGAGGGUGGUAUGGGCCUCGGCGGCGGUUUCUCGAGCGGUAGCGGCAGCCGAUAUGGCGGUUUCGGAAGCGAGUCGGGUGGCUACGGUGGCUACUCCGGCGGUGUCUACGGCGACGGCGGCGGUUUUGGCGGACAGGAAAGCAACGACUAUGGAAGGACACAGGCGCACAACGACAAGUUUGAGGAGUACGAUGAGUUCGACGAGGGCGACAGGCCAGCUGCUAGCUCUUCGGCGUCUCGGUCCAAGAGACCCGAGCGUGCGGCGGCCCCCAAAGCCGAGCCCCCUAAGAAGAAGGAGCCCGAGGUGGACCUCUUCUCCUUCGACGACCCUGUGCCAUCCUCCGUUGCUGCUCCCGCAGCGGUGCCUUCGUCCUCAAACGGUUCAGGCUUCGCCGCUCUCUCUGCAGCUCCGGCCUCCGCUAACGAUGAUGACGAGUUCGACGACUUCCAGUCUGCUGCCCCUGCUGCUACCUCUGCCUCGACCGCCACUCCUUUGUCGCCUCCCAUCAUGACCUCGUCCGCCUCCUCUACCACGACCUUUGCCGCCCCCCAGCCCGUCUCUGCCCCGCAACAGGCUAACCUCGGAAACAUGGUCAGCAUGUCUUCCAUGUCACCCGCCCCGAGCGGACCUAACUACUCGGCCUUCAGCACUCCGGCUGUCGCCUCGCCUGCUUCUCAGGCCCCUAAGCCUUCCGGCUACCAGCCUUCAGGACCCAACUACUUCGGCUCUGUUCAGUCUGGCCUUCCUCAGAGUACCGGUGGCUCCUUUAGCGGCCCUUCCGGUCCAGCCGCUUCAAAGCCGGUGGCGGCAGCCGCUGCUAAGCCCGCUGCCUCUGGAGGUGAUGCUUUCGGCGCGCUCUGGUCUCAAGCCAGUGGUGGUGUGAAGAAGACGAGCACCCCCACCGCCGGCCCUGCUAUGGGCCAGCUUGCAAAGGAGAAGAGCAGUGCUGGUAUCUGGGGAGCUCCCGCCGCUGCUUCUCCAGCACCAAAGCCUGCUGGAGGAUCAUCUGGUGGUAACCAUGGUCUGGACGACCUGCUCGGUUAA